UCAUUUACUCGAAAUUCCGCGUAGACCCACAGCGUCGUCCUCAGCCCGACGAGCACCGGCCUACCAGCCUUCUCAGUUCACACGUCCCGUCCCUAAUUCGGCAACUCCCGCUGCCUCGGCCUUGACCUAGGGUUUCGGCGCCUGAUCUCCUACCCUCCCCGUCCUCGCCGUGUCCCUCGCUCGUUUCAACUCGCCAUCCGGCAAACCGGAGGCGAAGGCGAGCGGGGGCGCCUCUCUUCGGUCACCGCGUGAACGAUUUGAGGCCGCGCGUCCAUGGCGGCGACGGGGCAGCAGGAGGAUGACAUCGACCACUACGAGGUGCUCUGCCUCCCGUCGGGGGAGGAAGGCGCCGCGCUGACCAUCGAGCAGAUCGAGAAGGCCUACCGGACGCAGUCGCGGCUGCGCCACCCCGACAAGCGCCGCGACGACCCCAACGCCACUGCGGACUUCCAGCGCCUCUCGAGCUCCUACAAGCUCCUCUGCGACGAGUCCCUUCGCCGCCAGUUCGAUGCUCGCCUACGCGGCCGCCGGGAGGCAGCGGCCCGCGCCGCCGCCGCGGGCGUCAAGCGCCGCAAGGCUGUCUCCGACCUCGAGGAGCGUGAGCGCGCUGCCGCCGCGGGCCAGCACGCCGACCCCGAAGAGCUUGCGAAGCGCGAGAUGGAGCGGGCGGCCGCCGACAUCCAGCGCGAGCUCGACGAGUUCCGCGUCGCCAAGCAGGCUGCCGCCUCAGGUGCCGGGGCAACUUCGGCGUAUGGGGAUAAGAAGGGUGGAACCUCGCAAGAUGGGGUGAAAACAGACAAGGGCAAGAUCUUGAAGGUUUCAUGGGAUGGGAGUGCCGAUUCUUACACUGCAGCAAAGUUGGAAGAACUCUUCCAGAAAUUUGGCAAAGUCGAAGAUGUAGUGAUCAAGACAAGGAAAUCGAGGAGGAAGGGCUCAGCAAUUGUAGUCAUGGGCAGCAAGGAAGCUGCUCUGUUAGCAAUACAGAACCAUUUUUCUCUUUUCCCAUUAAAUGUUGCUCCUGUUCAAGAAUCGGGUGGGUUACCAGCAAGGUCAGCUCAAGCCCAUGAAUCGAGGACAAGCAACAUUGAUGGAACUGGAUUUAGCGAUUUGGAAGCAUCGGUAUUCCGGAAACUUCAAGAGGCCCAGAAAAGGAAACAAUGUGGUUGAUUGCUUCUUUCUGAAACAUGAGUAUUGUUGACAUGUCGCACAAUGGACAGUACCGAGUAUUCCUGUGGCAGAUGAGUUACAGAAAGAGCUACACAUUUUUUUAGGUGGAGUCUUGUUGCUGAUAAAUUUAUCCAACUCAGAGCAACUACAGAUUUUUUUUUGUGUCAAUGUACAAACUGUACCAUGUAUGUAGUUUGUAAUUCUAAUUCCUACUCCCUCCGUCCCAAAAAGAAUGCAACUCUCGCUUUUCCUAGAAGUCAAACAAUUUCAAGUUUGACUAAAUUUAUACAAAAAAUUACUAACAUUUAUGUCUUUAAAUAGACUUAGUAUGAAAAUAUAUUACAUAAUUAAUCUAAUGAUAUUUAUUUGGUACCAUAACAAUUAAUACUAUUUUGUAUAAAUUUGGUCAAAUUUAAAAUUGUUUGAUUCCUUAGGAAACGAGAGAUGCAUUCUUUUUGGGAGGGGGGAGUAAUUAUGUUCUGGAGUAUGUCAUUGUCAUGUCACACCAUGAUAUGACCAUUUUUGGCUGGAAAAUGGGAAGAAGUUGCCACUAAGAAUGGUUCAUUCAUAGGUGCUUGCUGCCUUAAUCUUCAGUAAUCUCGUCUCUUACCUAUGUACUGGAGGAUCAUUUUUGGCUGAAAAAUUGGAAUAAAAUCCCUCUCCAAAUGGUUCAUUGAUCA